AUGUCAAUCGUCAGCAUCAUUGCUAGGGAGAUCUUGGACUCCCGAGGAAAUCCCACUGUGGAGGUGGACCUUCGCACAGAAAAAGGUUUGUUCAGGGCUGCGGUGCCCAGCGGAGCAUCCACAGGAAUCUAUGAAGCUCUGGAGCUCCGAGAUGGAGACAAGAGCCGCUACAAGGGCAAAGGUGUUUUGAAGGCAGUUGGUCACAUCAAUGACACUCUGGGUCCAGCCCUCAUAGCCUCUGGCAUCAGCGUGGUGGAGCAGGAGCAGCUGGACAACAUGAUGAUCGAGAUGGACGGCACAGAAAACAAAUCUCAGUUCGGAGCCAACGCCAUCCUGGGAGUGUCUCUAGCCAUCUGUAAGGCUGGGGCAGCAGAAAAAGACACCCCCCUGUACCGCCACAUAGCUGACCUGGCUGGAAACACAGAGCUGGUGUUGCCAGUUCCUGCUUUUAAUGUGAUAAACGGAGGAUCUCAUGCAGGAAACAAACUGGCCAUGCAGGAGUUCAUGGUUCUGCCAGUUGGAGCUGAGUCUUUCAAGGAGGCAUUGAGGAUAGGAGCUGAGCUCUACCACACACUGAAGGGGGUGAUUCAGGAGAAAUAUGGCCAGGAUGCUACCAACGUGGGAGACGAGGGAGGAUUUGCUCCCAACAUUCUGGAGAACAGUGAGGCUCUGGAUCUGCUGCAGACAGCCAUAGAAAAGGCUGGCUUCACGGAAAAGGUGGUGGUUGGGAUGGACGUGGCCGCCUCAGAGUUCUACCGCGACGGGAAAUACGACCUGGACUUCAAGUCCCCGCCAGAUCCAGAGCGACACAUCAGUGGCGAGGAGCUGGCUGACAUUUACCAGGGCUUCGUCAACAACUACCCAGUGGUGUCUAUCGAGGAUCCAUUCGACCAGGAUGACUGGGAGGCCUGGUCUCGUCUGACGGCCCAGGUGGGGAUCCAAGUUGUCGGAGACGACCUGACGGUGACCAAUCCCAAGAGGAUAGAGAAAGCAGCCGAGGAACGAGCCUGCAACUGCCUGCUGCUCAAAGUCAACCAGAUCGGCUCAGUCACCGAAGCCAUCCAGGCGUGUAAGCUGGCUCAGGCCAAUGGUUGGGGUGUGAUGGUCAGCCAUCGCUCAGGAGAGACAGAGGACACCUUCAUCGCCGACCUGGUGGUGGGACUCUGCACUGGACAGAUUAAGACCGGGGCCCCCUGCAGAUCUGAGCGGCUGGCCAAGUACAACCAGCUCAUGAGAAUUGAGGAGGAGUUGGGUGACCAGGCUCGCUUUGCAGGCCAUAACUUCAGGAACCCCAGCGCCCUGUGAACCUGACAGACGAAUGACUUGCACACAAAUAUGCACGCAAUCGCACACAAAACUGACAGAAACGACAAACAAGGAACGAGCCAUGUACAAAGACAGAGCUCACUGAUUAAUGGGAGAGAGAGAAAAAAAAAAAAAACACGAGCAAAGGAGUUAAGCAAAAAAAAAGAAAAAAAGAAGAAGAAGAAAUAAAUAAAAUAAAUGAACAAAUUAUGCACUGGAUUCACACAGAGGGAGAUGAUACUGUAUGCACACACACACACACACACACAUGUAUAGAGAGAGAGUACACAGAUGCAACACAUGCUAAUGCACAUGCAGGGGAAUAUUAUGAAAAUAUCAUAUUUAUAAGCCAGACAUGCACUGUUACUGUAGUUUCAAAGGAAUAGUUCGUGUACAGUCGGUGGGGAGAGCUGCAAAAAUACAGAUUAUUGUAAAAAGAAAAGAAGAUUAAUGAGUAGUGAUAUCGUAGAACAUCGUAGACUGAAGCACGCAACUGAAAGAGAUGCAACACCAAAAAUAGUCGAUGCAUUUUGCAGAAAGCAGCAGUUUCAAGGACUUGGGGAAAGUAACAGUAGAACUACACACUGUAACACCUGAACACUCUCACACUCGGCUGUGUCACACUCUCACCUGGACACUCCAGCACCUGCACUCCUCCUCUUCCUCCUCUUCUUCUUCCUGCUCCUCUCUUUUCGUCUCCUUUUUCUUCUCGUCGUGUCUGUUUCUCACUUCCAGUCGCUCCUUAUUCUCCUCCUCCUCCUCAACCCGAUGUGAUUCUGAUUAUUUGUCCUUCAUGCUUGAAGUCCCACCUCCGUCUCAAAGAAAAAAAAAAAGAAGAAAAAGUAUCGAAUCCCCUAGUCCCCCUUCGUUCCUUUGGUUCCUCCUGAAUGUCCAUAGAAUAGCUGUGUUGAAAAAGAAGAAAGGGAAUUUAAAAAAAAUUAAAAAGCAAAAAAAAAAAAAAAAAGAUGUAACAGAACGCUUGUCAUUGAGAAUAAUGUGAAAAUAUGUGAAAUAAAAAGAUGAUAAUUUACAAUUUCAAUCACA